AUGCUCCAACUAUUAUUUUUCUUCUCUAUGAUUUCAAUUGCCAUCUCACAAUUGAUGACAAAAGAAGAAAUGACGGUCUACAAAAACUUUUUGGCAAAUCAAAAACGACUAUACAAAGACUUGUUCGCCGAUUAUGAUCCAACGUUGAGCGCGAUUUAUACAUUACAUAAAUCUCAAUGGAUCAACCAGAACGCCACCAAACACCCACCAAUGACAGAGCUGAAUCUAAUUAUGGCUAUGUUGAAACUGGUUGAUGUGGUAGAAGUUGAAGAGAAAGCCACGUUUCUUUUCGAUUACUCGGCAGAAUGGACGGAUCACAGGCUGACAUGGAAUCCAUUAGAAUAUGGGGGGAUUAGUCAUAUUUAUGUGCCACAGAAAUCCAUAUGGCUCCCAGAAAUCACUAUUGCAGACGCUCAUGAAGUGAAGUUUUUCGAAUCCGAAGAUGCUCCUAGUAUUGCAUGGAUAAAUUUCAAUGGCACCGUUGGCUUUUACACUUCUACAGUAGCAUCUGUGAUUUGUGAAAUGGAUGUCUUCCAAUUCCCAAUGGACCAACACGAGUGUGGUGUUAGUGUAGUCGCCAACACAUAUUUCGCCGAUGAGUAUAAAAUGAACGGGGACAUGGAAGAUAUGCCAAAACCGCUUUCGAAAUUGGGAAACGGCGAAUGGAAGGUGUCGUAUAUUGGUGUGAAGGAAGAAAAAUCUGGAAACGAAAAUUAUGGAUCAACGAUUAUGUUCAUAGCAAGAUUCCAAAGAAAUCCAGGAUUCUAUGUGGCUCUUGUGAUGGUUCCUGCGUUCUUUAUCAACUUUUUGUCAAUUUUCGCACUUUUUGUGAAUGUGGAGAAUCUUAGCGAAAAGAUUACGGUAGGUCUUACUAACAUCAUGGCAAUGACAUUUAUCCUGGUGAUUCUGGCUGCCGACCUUCCAAAAACCGCUCGUAUUCCAUUAUUAGCAAUCUACGUGAUCGUUGGACUUGUUAUUGUUAUGACUUCAAUUGGGAUAUGUUUGCUCAUUCCAUAUAUUCGAAAAUGGCGAAAAAAGCGAAACAGUAGUGAGAAAGAGAAGCUACGUGAGACUUCUAGGUAUGGACCUCAAGAUAAUUAG